GCGGUCAGCUGGACAACCGGGGUCUUUGGAUUGGAGGUGACAUUCAGUCGGGAAUAUUUAGCUUGGAUAAAUCCUUCAACAUGGCAGCGGUGCAGAAACUGGUCGCUAAAGUACCUAGCCUGAUUGGCGCCGCUGUCACCGCCUCCAAACCUCGGCUAGCAGCCUUCUGGCACUACGCCCGCAUUGAACUCGUCCCCCCUAGUCCUGCUGAGAUCCCCAAGGCCAUCGAGGGAGCCACAAACCUCAUCAAGGGUUUCCAGACAGGACGUUUAGCUCAAACCACAGUGAGGGACGCUGUGAGGAAUGGACUGGUGGCCACUGAAGUGCUGAUGUGGUUCUACAUCGGAGAGUGCAUUGGCAAAGGAGGCAUAAUUGGCUAUGAUGUUUAAAUUUAGGUCUUUAAUUCAUUUGUUUUCUUUUGGGCGUUGUAUGCUCAACUUCCUGUAAAAAUCUGGGAUCUAAUAAACAUAUGUAUUGUUAAAAAAUA